AUGAGUCAAAGUUUGGAUGAACUCGAAGCGAAGCGUUUGCCGCGUCUUUCACGCCGGGGCUGCACUGCUCGGCUGCCUUAUACACGUAUUCUGAUCAUAUCCCUGGUGGUCAUAGCGACACUACUCAUCUCACUCAUCUAUUAUGGCAUUGUGCUGGAGCGCAUGGAUCGCUUGCGUCAAAUAAUGUCGCUCAAUGAGAAACACGCGCGUCAUGUGCAGCCCAUUGAUGAGAAGGCGAUCGUAAUAGGGCCGCAAUUGGAACCUUUUCGUACACCGCUGAGGAAAGCUGAUUCCGAGCCGAUUGCAACCAAGAGCGAGGAGCAGCUAUUGCGCUUAAAGCAUUUGCGCUUCAAGUUUCGCUUGAAGCGCUUGAAGCUUCGAUCGCGACGCAGUCUGCAGUCUUUAGAUUUGCUGGAUCCCAUCCAGCUGGAGGCCAACAUGCAGCAGCUGUAUACCAGGAUGCGCAACAAGCGAGCCCGGGCAGUUUUGAGUCAGCUCGAAACGGAGUAUGUAAGGUGCAAGAAGCAGACGCCAGAGAAUUGCAUGUCGGCUUUCAUGCGCAUGUACCAGAUGGCCAAGGAGGUAACCGAAAAGGUGGACAAGAUGAAGGAAAUCAUUCGGGAUCAUCUGGGCUCACACAGCGUCGAGUCGCACGAGUUUGAGCCAUAUGCUCCGGCCAAGGCGACGACGAACGCAACAGUCGAUCAACUGCAGGAGGCGACGACUCCGCUCACAAACAGCAGCGCAGCUGGCGAUGGAGACAACGAGGAGACGACGACAGUGAAGCCCAAUAGGGUCAAGAUAAAACCAGCGCAGAUCAGCUGGAUUAUCGAUGGACCCGGACACGAUGAGCAGGAGGCGUAUGUGGAGAAUACGCCCAGAGCCAUGUUGGACCUGAGCAACGGAACGACAACCACUUUCGCUACAACAACAAUGGAGAGCACCUUACCUACGACAAUGAUGGACAUGGAAACAACAACAACAACAUCUACUGGUAAUAACAGCUUCACUAGGGUUUCUCCAUCUCCGAUAGCUUCGACAACAACCUUAGCCUCCUUUACUAGCACCACCAGCCAUCAUUUGUCAAUUCUAACCACUGAGGGACCCGAAUCGGACAACAUAACAGAUCAAAUCACUUGGAUCUUGGAUCGUUUCGAUAAGCCCAAAGAGAUCGUGCACACCACAGAGCGAACCAUGGAUAAAGCCACCAUAGAAACCACUAUGCCACCUAGCAUCGAACAUGACUCAGCGCCAUUGCACUCCGAUAGCCAUAUGAAAGAGCAAACUACCAGAAAGUCGACGACAGAUGCACCUGCACCACUGGCAACCACUGCCAGAGGACUGAAUGAGACAACAACACACAAGAGCAUAGAAGAUCAAGAGGUGGAGAGUACAAUACACACGAGCACCACUCCCACCACUACCGCAAUACCCACUACAACACUCCAUACAACCACAACGACCGUGGCUACAGAUGGCGCCAACCACACGCCCUUUCCGACUAAGCCCAAGCCAAUCAAAAUCAGUUGGAUAAUUGACGGCUAUGUGAACAGCAAUGAGGAGAGUAGCACAACUCAAGCGCCAACCACUGUAGCCACCACUCGCACGACCACGCCAAUCACCACUGAGAGUGCAACUGAAGUCGCGUCGUCACCUACAUACCCACCUACAACCAUUGAGAACAUUGGGACUGACACCACCGAACUCACACCCACUGGCAUCACGACUGAGAGCACCAAUCGAACCACCAUCACAGACACCACUGAAGCUGAAAAUGUGCUGAAUGAAACUACUCAGACAGCUGCCACUGAAGCUACAUUUGAGAGCACCACUCACAUAACCACCAACAACUCCUCUGGGUGGGCAGCUGAUGCACAUCCAUUAGAUAAUCCAUCGAGCAUGGAAAAUAUGAUAAUUGUUACAGCCCAAGCCCCGGCUGUCACUGAAGCCACCACCAGCAACACCACCGAGAGCACCACUCUAAUAACCACGGAAGUAGCACCUCAGGUACAUCCUUUAGACAAUCCCACGAGCAUUGAAAACAUGGUGGUUGCAACAACCGAACCAACAACCGCCGUAGCCACUGAAACCACCACAGAGAGCACCACUGAAGGAGCGCGCGGAGUGCACCCGUUGGAUAAUCCAAGCAGUAUUGAAAACAUGCUGGACAGCUUUGAGCGCCAUGAGGAGGAGAAGCCGCUGAUCCAUGUCCUGCCCAGCAACGACACUUCAAAGUCUGACGAGUCGGAGAGUUUGGACAUCUAUGAUCGAAAGCAUUGGCUGAAGCAGUUCGAGAAGGAUGCAGCACCGAAGCAGGACGAGCUCAUCGAGACAUUCGGCACUGCGCAGGACACUGAAAGCCUGAAGCAGCUGGGACCCAAAAUAAAUCCCGUCAGUGGCAAGGUGACAAACGCUGCCGAUGCACAGCUCAUCACCAUAUGCGAGCACUUGUCCCGCAAGCUGCAGCUGAAGGCAGCCGCCGAGGCAAAGGAGGCGGACAGCAAUGAGCCGUACACCGCCUCGCCGACCGUGCAGUUCACGAGUCGAGCGCCUGGCGGAUUUCCGGUGUCUGGCGAGACGAUGAAGGCCUCUGCCCAGUUCAUGUUCAAUCCGAGCUUCGGCAUGCCCAGCAUACCCGUCUGCUUCUAUAUGACUCCUGCCAACUUCCGCAUGCCCAUGUGGUCGGCCACGCCCUCGUUUAUGGGCAUGCAGGGCGCCCAGUUUGGCGGCUCAUCGAAUGCGGGUGGCAUCUUCUUUGUGCCGCAGCAGUUCGGGCCGUCGGGCAACUUCUUCGGUGGCAGCGCCGGCACAGCGGGCGGUGCGCAGAACCAGCUGCCCAACAUCUUCUCGAAGAACGCCUCGCCGCAGAAGCAGCCCAACGGGCAGCAGCAGCUCUACUGCACCUACAUGCAGAACCAGCAGGGCCAGGCGGCACAGACGGGCAACAUGACGCCCAACAACCAGGCGGGCUUCUCCAAUGCCAACUUCAAGAUGCGCCAUGCCAACCAGACGGGCGUGGCGCAGCGCAGCCAGAUCAUCUACGCCUCCUAUCUGGGCGUGCCGCAGCAGCCGCAGGAGCGCUUCAAGUGCCCCGAGGCGGAGCAGGUGGCCUGCUUUGGCCAGAAGCAAUGCAUUGCCGCUUCGCGCUGGUGUGACAACGUCGUCGACUGCUCGGACGGCAGCGAUGAGUCGGCCUGCACCUGUGCUGAUCGCUUGGACGAGGAUCGGCUGUGCGAUGGCUACGCGGACUGUCCGAUGGGCGAGGAUGAGCUGGGCUGCUUUGGCUGCGAGCCACUGGCGCACUCCUGCUACGAUAAUGCCGGGGAGUAUGCGCGCCACAAUCGCUCCACCUUGUCCAUGUGCUACAGUCGCUACGAGCGCUGCGACGGCGUCUUCAACUGCCUCAACAAACGCGAUGAGCAGCAGUGCAGCCUGCUGGUUAGAGAUGUGGCCAAUCCCAUGUCGCAUUCAGCCACCGCCUCGGAGGGCUUCCUGUAUCGCAAUCAUCAGGGCGAGUGGUAUCCGGUUUGCAAUAAUGGCGACAGAUGGGCCGCCGAUGCGUGCGAAGUGUCGGAGCACGGGGAAGCCACUAAUGUGACCUUCAAGCAGCUGAAGCUGCCGGGCCCAUUCAUUGAGCCAUCGCUGCACGCGGGCAUUCACUUUGCCCAGGCCUGCCAAGGACGCAAUGACCAGGAGACGCUGCUCGACCACGUUGCCUAUGUCAAGUGCCCGCCCAGGCAGUGCGGCCUGCCCAGCAAGCCGAGCGAGAGCGUGCGCUCCAAGCGCUCUAGGCGGGCGCCCAUUCAGGAUAAAUUGGAAUCGGGCAAGAGUCGCAUCGUCGGCGGCAGCUACGCCGCUCCCUUGGAGUGGCCCUUCGCAGUGGCCAUCUACCGGGAUGGCAAGUUCCACUGUGGCGGCACCAUCUACACCGAGCACUGGAUCAUCAGCGCUGCCCACUGCGUGAUCAACUUUGGGAAGUACUACUACGAGGUGCGCGCUGGACUCUUGCGCCGCACCAGUUACUCACCCGCAACGCAAAUCCAGCCCGUUUCGCAUGUGGUGGUGCAUCAGGGCUACGAGCGGCGCAGCAUGCGCAACGAUCUCUCCCUGCUGCGCGUGGCAGCACCGCUGCAGUUCAAUCGCUGGGUGAAGCCCAUCUGCCUGCCGGAUGUGGGGCGGACGACCUUUGGCGACGACUGGAUCUGGGGACCCGAGGAGCACACGCUCUGCACAGUCGUCGGCUGGGGCGCCAUACGAGAGAAGGGGCCGAGCAGCGAUGCCAUGCGUCAGGUAGUUGUGCCCAUACGCAAGGGCUGCACGGAUCCCGAGGACCAGGCCUCGGAGGAUGUGUGUGCCGGCGAGCCGGGCGGCGGUCGUGAUGCCUGCCAGGGCGAUUCGGGUGGCCCGCUCUUCUGCCGCAGCGUCACGCAGCCGGAGCAAUGGUAUUUGGCAGGAGUCGUGAGCCACGGCAAUGGCUGUGCCCGGCCCAAGGAGUUUGGCGUCUAUACGCGCGUCGCCCUCUAUCUGGACUGGCUGGAGCUGGCGGUGACACCGCGUCUGCUGCCAGCACGUCAGCCCCUCCAGCGCUGUCCCGGCUUUACCUGCGUCUGGGGCGGCAAGCGAUGCAUCGCCCAGCGACGCCGCUGCGACCGCAAUGUGGAUUGUCUGGGCGGCGAGGAUGAGGUGGGCUGCUCCUACAACUUCAUACCGGACAUGGUGGGCGGCACUCGGCUAAAUGUCAGCAGCACCACCGAGAGCGACUAUUAUCCCCAGGAACAAAAGGGCCCACUUGACCAGGAAGUGCAGCAAACUGAGAACAAACUACGCCAGGAUGUGCCCAUUGACAAUGAUGACUUGUUUGCUGACUUAACAACUGAAAACGAGGAGAGUGAAGCGGGAGCCAUUACGGAGGAGCAGAGCAACACGCCAGCAGCAGCAGAGGCCACAACCACAGACAGCUCAGCAACAACAACAACAGCAACGACAGCAACAACAACUUGGCCCACGCCCACAGAGGAUUUGAUGAAGUUGACGGACCUAAUAAGCCAACUGCUUGAAGAGUCAACGACGUCCACCCCCAGUCUGGCCACAGCAACUGCAACAACAGCAACGACAACAAUAACAACGACAGUUGCCACAACGUCAACCACACAGGCAACCACAACAAACAGCAGCCAAGUUCAAACGGAGAAGCCAUUGGCCAAUAAGUUUAUUUGCCAGAAAUUGCCACAAAUCAUUGAUCGGCUGCAUCGCUGCGAUCGCAAGGUGGACUGCGAGGAUGGCACCGAUGAGCUGGACUGCAGCUGCCGGGACUACCUCAAGGGCAGCCUCAACGCGCUCAUCUGCGACGGCAAGGCGGACUGCGAGGACUUGACUGAUGAGCAGAAUUGCGGUGGCUGUGGGCCUGAUGAAUAUCACUGUGCGCUGUCAAAGAUCUGCCUGCCGCUGGCCAAGCGCUGCGACAACGUCGUCGACUGCAAGUUCAAUGAGGACGAAAAGGAUUGCUUUGCCCUGACCAAUGGCCAUGACGUGCACUUCGAUGCCCAUCAGAAGCCCAAGUUCAGCAACGUCGGCAUCUUCUCCAAGAAUGCGCAUGGACUGUGGCGCGUGGUGUGCGCCCACGAGACGGGCUUCCACGAGCACCAGGCCAAGACGGCGGACGCUGUGUGCGCUCUGCUGGGCUUCAGGGGCGCGCACUACUACAACAGCACAGAGUUCGUUAGCCAACGGCAGAUGCAGCCCAUCACACCAGAGCUGGCCAAAUCCCGGGCUAGCAGCGAUCUGCGAGCGCUAAUGCGUGACAAUGCGCAGCUGUCCAGCAAUGAGCUGGAGCACUCCCACCAGCAGCAGACGCUGCCCGGCCAGCAGCGAGCGCGCGUGCUGCCCAGCAAGUGCCUGGGCAUAUAUGUGGAGUGCAAUGCCCGCUCCAAUGCGACGCUGCCGCUGAAAACCUUCAGCGCUGGCCAGGCGGUGACGCCUCCGCCCGCUGAGCAGCUGCCUGAGCUGCUGCCCUCUAUCCAGACAAACGUGCGGCCAUAUGUGCACUUCAAGCCGCUGCUGCCGCUGCAGGUGGUCAACAAGAAGGAUGAGAUCAUGGAUCACCUGGAAGCGUUGAUCAAGAGCAAGAACAACAAGACGCUGCUGGUGCAGGAGCAGCUGCACGAGGCCAUCGAAGAUCUGCAUUGGCCCUGGCUGGCGGAUGUCUAUGUGAACGGCGAGCUGUGGUGCUUGGGCGUUCUGCUGGACAAGCACUGGCUGCUGGUGCACGAGACCUGCCUCGCCGGUUUAAGCUUUGAUACACACUACAUUAGCGUCCUGCUGGGCGGCGGUAAGACAAAGCGCUCUCUGCACCGCAGCAACCAUGAGCAAAUACGUCGCGUGGACUGCUUUGAGACAGUGCCUCGCUCCAAUGUGCUGCUCUACCACCUGGAGCAGCCGGCGAGAUUCACGCACUUUGUGCUGCCCACGUUUCUGCCAGAGAUCUCUGCUGAAGACGAAGUCGCUCCGCACGAAUGCAUCAGCGUGCUGCACGAUGAUCGCACGGGACGCAUUAAGACCGUGGCCAUUGCUUCCAUCACGAACGACAGCAGCUGCAGUUCCUGCUACCAGCUGCAAGAGCGCAAGCCGUCGAGCAACCUCAUGCGCAUGCUGAAUCUGAGUGCCGAGGACAUGGCCUCCAUAUCGGAAGAGGUGGAGCUGGUGAGCGGCGUGGCAGGUGCCAAGUCGAUGCCCGCCCUGACCACAUUCACCAGCUGCACGCAGUUUGGCCAGCGGAACCAAACGAAUCUGCAGAGCCAGCCCACAGAUCAGGGCGUGCUGGUGUGCAGGGAUGUGCACACUGGCUGGUAUCCUGCGGCGAUCUUCAACUACAACAACACCAACUGCCGCAGCUUCAGGUCGCCCUUUGCCAUUAGGAAGCUCAACGAGGCCUACAAAAUGCUGCAACAUGUCAUAGAUCAUCCGCAUUGCAGCAAUGUGCUGGCAACGCCCCCUUGCGCCACCCAUCGCUGUCCGCUUGGCGCCUGCCUGCCGCAGUCGGCGCUCUGCAAUGGCCGCAACGACUGCCACGAUGGCAGCGACGAGGAUGAGGCCAAGUGCCGCGAGCUCAAGCAGCGCUGCGGCCCUGGCGAAAUGAAGUGCCGCUCGAGUGCCAAGUGCGUGCCGAAGAGCAAGUUCUGUGACCAUGUGCCCGACUGCGAGGACAUGACGGAUGAGCCCACCAUAUGCAGCUGCUUCACCUAUCUACAAGCCACGGAUCCCUCUAAAAUAUGCGACGGCAAGCGGAACUGCUGGGACAAGAGCGAUGAGAGCUCGGUGCUCUGCAACUGCACUGCGGAUCACUUCCAAUGCACCUCCUCGGAUGAUUGCAUUCCACGCGACUUUGUCUGCGACAAGCAGCCCGACUGCCCGGAUGGCGAGGAUGAGCUCUUCUGCUUUGGCCUGGAGCAUCCGCUGCUGGACCAGCAUGAGGAUUACUGGGCGCAAACGGAGCACGGCUACCAGAAGCCGAGCAUGCAGUACGGCCAGGUAAUUGAGCAGUCCUACGGCAUUUGGCACACCAAAUGCUUUCCCAAGAGCAAGCCGCCGGGCAUAAACGAGGUGCGUGAGAUUUGCAAGAAGCUGGGCUACAAUCCCGAUCGGCUGCCCAGCUAUCGCCUCCUGGACGACGCCAGCAAUAAGCCGCAGCACACCUUCGAGGUGCCUGAUAGGCGCGGACGCGUCUUCUCCAACGAGACGGUGGUGGGCAAGUACCGCGACUCCACCAAGGCGGUCAUCAUCAGCAAAUUCUCGCCGCUGCAGCUGAACGAACAGUUGACGCUCUUCCUCAAGCCCAGUCGAGCCAUUGCGGAGCUGGUCCGAUGGAACGCCACGGACUCGAAUAGCUGUUACAGGCUGGAAAUACGUUGCGUCUGAAUAUUGAAUAGCCCCAUAAUAUAUAAUAAUCCCAUA